AUGGGGGAUAACCUCAAUCGAAAUCUAUUCCAAGAUGCAGAUGGUAAACCGAUGAAAUUUUAUAUUAAACCAUGUCCUACGAAAGGGAAAGUACGCCCGUUGAUCGAGAGUUGUGGCGGUCAAGUUAUUGUCCAUCCUACUGAUGGUGUAAUCAGACUUGCUGAACCUGAUACUCUAACGCCUCUUGGUUAUGUUUCCGCAAGUUUCAUAUUCGAUUCUGUAGCCAAUAAUGCUCUUCAAGACAUUGAAAGUUAUAUGUGUCCGGAUAGUCGUUCAGGAGCGGUUGAAACUUGCACUAAGAAAUCAUCGACAGGUCGUUUAUUUUACACUACUGCCGAAGAUGCUGCUAUCUUAGAGUAUAUUGAAAACUAUGGUAGUCCUGCAUUACCAGCUGGUGGUAAUGAAAUUUGGAAAAAGAUGGAAAAGAAAAAGAUAACUUGUCAUUCGUGGCAAUCGAUGAAGGACCAUUACAAGAAGAAGUUGAUGCGAAAGCACUAUCGUCGUGCAGUAAAAUCGCAGAAAGAGUUACAAGUAGAAGUCAUGAAGCAUCAAAGUGAAUCGAAAAUAUCCAUCAGCAACGGAAGCAACAAGCGGCUAAAAAGAGAGCCAAGUAUCACACUAUGGACUGACACAAGCUUUGAAGUUGCUUCAAUCUGUUCCUCUCGCAAGCCUGAACAAAAUUCACAUCCGCCAGUAAUUGAUCUUGUAUCUGAAAACGAAAAUGAUAAAGAGUGUCAGGAAGAGGAAAUUAUACUAAAUGAACCAGAACCUACCCUUUAUGACCGUGUUGUUGGUCAUGAAUACGAUAGUCAAGUUAUUUUACCACAAGUUAAUAGCCAAAAUGGCAUGCUGGCUCCAGCAAAAGGUGAGGAUGAAUGUCCUGUUGUCGGUGGAGGUGAAGCAUAUAACAGUGAUUUGGACUAUGAAAAUAUACAAAUUAACAGUGAUGAUGGAAAAAAUUCAGCGUACCUGAAUAAUAUUGAUAAGGAUGGCCGCGAAUCACUUGAUGAUUUACUAACAUUAUCGAGCAAGCAUAAACAACAGCAGAUAAUUGAUUUUACAAUACAGGAUCAAGUUCGAUUAAAUAAUGGUGAUGAUAACCACGAUAAGUUUUGUAAAGGUACGAUAUUGGAUAAUGAAGCAUCCGCAGCAGUUGAUGAGAAAAAUCAUAGAAAACAAAUCGUUUUUAUUGACGAAGAAAAUUUAAAUCAACAAAACGACGAUCCUGAUAUUCCGAAAAUUUCAACUGGCGAUCAAAAUGUAAACUUGGAAUUUAGUAAUCAAAUCAACGAGGAAAUCCUUAGCAAAUACUUUUAUUGCGAUUUCGGUUAUGAACUACGGGAUGCAAAAUCUAGCGACAGAUAUUCUGCACAUAGCGUUGCCGAUCAAGUACAAGAAAUGCGGAAACACCAUGAGUGCAUGUGGGAGAAAGAUAUGAGAAAAGAUACCAACGCUGAAAUCAAGGCUCUUGCUGCUAGUAUGCAAAUGGCGGAGGCAGGAGUGGCAUGCGUCUAUCGUGCUUUGUCUGGAAAGUGUGAUGACACACGUUAUUAUUUAAAGCAUAACAAAACGAAAGAUGACUUUAUUGGUUGGAAUCAUGACCUGGAUGACGCUCUUCUUUGCGGGAAUACAGCUAAAUUAAUGGAAGCUGGAAUUAGUGAAAAGCGCAUUCUUCAACGGUUGCAUUACUUAUCCAUCUCGGACGUCAAAGAAUUAAUUCAAUCUAUAUUGUAUAACAAGAAUGCUUAA